AUGCCCGAACUGGGCGUCGUCAAUGAACAGGAAUUCGACACCAUGGACCGGGCUAUCUAUGAGGCCGGAUGGCAUGGUCUUGCCCCACUAAUCAACAACCACAAUUACUACCAUGGUGGCAAUUAUACCUUCCUCCGCUGCGCUGGAUUCGAUAUCACCAGAUACGACCCCACCAACCCCGAGGUCGUGCAAUUCUAUACUAACCAAAUUAUCAUCGACUUCACAGCCUCACAUACGCCGAGGAUCCCGCGAUCUUUGCUUAUGAGACCGUCGUAUGUCAAGGAGCUUGCCCCCACCAAACUUGUCAUUGACAGUACUUACAGCAUCAAUGCAAUGCACCUCUCCAUCCCCACUAUCGACAUCUUCUCCGAUCACUUCUAUCCACCUGACAUCGCGGAGCUGCAAAGUGACAUCAGCGUCGACCAAUCCGUGAACAACGCAUACAUCGCUGGAGAAUAG